GAUGACAAUUGCCAAACAAUUUACUCGUUCUGAAGUUUCUCAAAAUAAUUCAAAUAAUAAUUGUUGGAUUAUUAUUGGAAAUAAACAUCCUGGUGGGUGUGAAGUUUUGUUGGAGAAAGCUGGGGAAGAUAGAACUGAGGCUUUUGAAGAUAUUGGACAUUCAACUGAUGCACGUAAAAUGAAGGAGGAUUAUUGUAUUGGGGAAGUUGUUGAGGAGGAACAUUGGAAAUAUUCUUAUGAUAAGAGGGAUGUGACAAAUAAAAAGACUGAUGAAUUGGAACAGAGGUUUGGGUUAAAUUUGGGUUAUUUUAAGCGUAGCCCUGUUGAAAUGCUCGUUUAUUGUGUUCUUUUUGCUAUUUGUGCAGCACUUCUAUAUUAUCUUUUGAUAGGAUCUUGA